AUGCGAGACGACAUUGACAGUUGGAGCCGCCCGCGGCUUGCAGAGCGUUUGAAAGUUGUCGGGCUACCCGCAGCACGCGUGGGCUUUCGUGGCGCAAUCGCCGCCGGCUCCGCAGUCGCUGCCGCCAUCGCUGGAGGAGGCUUCGUGUCUCGCUUUGCCAUCUGGUCUCCCACGGACGUCACUGCAGGCGUGUUGCGACAUUUGCUCCUGGUUGCUGCUAGAGAGGCUGUGGGUGGCACGUCGUCAACUCCACCACUGAUAGGCACCGACGGCUCGCGGGCAUCGCUCGACGUCUCCCGGCAGGCGAAGGAGGUGGUGCAGGUGACGUACACGGAGGUGGACGGGAGCAGGCGAGUCGCCAGCCUCGACCGCGAGCUCUUCGACGAGGUUGCGUGCAGGCAGGUCGCCGCCCUCAACGAGGCGCGCGGCGGGCUGAAGGAGCGCGCCGCCAAGGCGUGCUGUUUGCCAAAGUCCGACUCGGCGCUGGCGCUCGAGGUUGACGCGGUGCUGAGCGACCUGCAUGGCGCGGAUCGUGUGCGCAAGUUUGCAGACUGGUACUACGGGUACAGCACGGCGUAUGAGUUGCUCCGCGUCGGCAUCGUCGCCGCUGCCGCCUCCCUCCCCUCCUCGCUCAGCGCGCGCGAGGCGGCGGGCGAGGCGGUAGCGCAGGCCGUCCUCGACAAGUACCUCGCGCUCGUCCUGCGGCCGGCGGUGCUCGAGCCGGCGCUGCGGCGCGGCUUUGAGCGAGCCGGCCAGGCGGCGCGCUCCGACUUUGUGGCGACGGUCGAGGCGACGCACGCAGCGGCGCUGCCGCUCCUGCGCGAGCAGACGUCCCACCUCGACACUGGCGGCGGAGAGGGGAGGGCGGCGCUCGCCGUCGACUGGCGCUUUGCGCGCGCGGCGGCGAGCCAGCUCUCCGGGGCGACCGCGAAGGCCGCCGGGGGCGCCGUCGCGAGCUCCUCCCUCGCCGGCAAGCUCGCCGCGCCCUUUGCACGGUUGUCCUCCCUCGUACGAAUGGGCUCUCUGAUGCGCCCCCAACGCAGGAUCGGCGUCGACUUUGCGCUCGCCAAGGGCGUCGAGCUCGCGAGGAGGCGCGACUUCGAGGCGGACACGGCGGCCGCGCUCGGCACGGCGCACGCCGAGUGGCGCGAGCUGAUGGGGGCGGAGCUCGCGAGGUGA